UUUGCCCUCUGUGAUAAGGAUGACCCAAGUAUGAGAUAAGGUCGGUGAACGCGGCGCGGGCGGGCGACGCGACGGGCGCGGCGGCGCUGCUCCUGCGCACAGAAACUCUUCACCCUCAGGGCUGGUACGUCGCACGACAACCUGCCACACGCUCUCAGUGUCCACCACUAUGUUUAUUGGCAUCACCACUGGAGACAACGUCAAUUCCCACUACGACUACCUGAUUUGAACUACGAAAGACGUGUCUUAGUGAAAAAACACCACAAUCAAUAUGGCACUGGACUUCGUAGCAGGAUGCAUUGGAGGUUGUGCCGGUAUUAUAGCCGGACAUCCCCUAGAUACUUUAAAAGUACAUGUACAGUCGGGACGAGGAAGUGCAAUAGAAUGUACAAAGGCUCUCUUAAAAGGAGGGACUUUAGCGACUGCGUAUCGAGGCGUUGGAGCGCCUUUAGGUGGAAUAGCAGUAGUGAAUGCAAUCGUAUUUGGAGCCUAUGGAAAUACAAGAAGAUCUUUACCAAAUUCUAAUUCACUGUCAGCACACGCGAUCGCUGGCAGUGCAGCGGGAGCACUACAAAGCUUUGCUUGCGCGCCGAUUGAGCUCGUAAAGACCCGACAACAACUAGCCCAGCCAGGAGAGGGCAUGCCCACCGGAGCGUGGUCUGGAGCCCGACACAUUAUACGGACUGGAGGUAUCCGAGCUCUCUUCCGAGGUUUGGGUAUAACUAUAGCUCGUGACAGCCCGGCCUUCGCAAUAUACUUUACAUCCUACGAAGUCAUGACUCGAGGUGACCAGUCAGUGGCGCGAGUGUUUACGGCGGGAGGCGUGGCCGGCAUGCUGUCGUGGAUUUUGCUGUACCCGAUUGACGUGGUGAAGUCGAGGCUACAAGGUGACGUGGUGGGGCGUUAUGCCGGGGCGUGGGACUGUUUUGUGAAGUCAGUGCGAGCCGAUAGAUGGAAGUGCAUGAGCCGGGGGCUGGGAGCGGUGACGCUGCGCGCGUUCAUCAGCAACGGCGCAUGCUUCACGGCCGUGGCGUGGACGGAGCGCGCCUGGCAACACUACGCCGCGCAGGCGUCGGUCACCCCCCUCGUCCGGGCAACGGGCAUUAGCGAUGCUAUGUACAAUGAUCAUGUUGAGCGAUACUAUGAUAUUUAAGAGCUUAUAGCGUUUUGCUAGAUACGGUACUCAGUAAUUAAGGUAAACGGCUACUAGUUCGUGAUAGUACGUAAGUUCGUAAGUUUUUUUUCUAGCUCAAAUAAUAAG